GCGCAGCUCUUUGCCGUUGCUUGCACACUUCACAAGAUCCAUGCCAUCAGGGAACCGGCCGUCCUGGAUGACGAGACUUUCAUCAAACAGGAGGACGAGCCGCUUGUGAAGUCGGUCAACGAAACGCAGCUGAAGGCGAUUCUGGGCGCCUACGGCCAGCAGUUUCAGUUGGAGAAAAGCCUGGAGGAUGUCUUAAAAGAGAAGAAUGGAGGCAGAUGUCCAAGUUCUGGAGCUUGGGAGAACAAGGGAUGCGAUCCUGUCCCUUCCGAGUUGCAACAGCUGAAAUGCAAGUGCCCUAUGCACCGCAGAUGCAAAAACCUGGACGAGCUCCCAGGGCUCGAAGACGAGCUGACGCUUGGCUCGGCCAUGCGUCUCUAUGCUGGUAGCUGUGAGUACAAGGACUCCUGGAAGAAGACGGCCCUGGGCGUGAUGAUAGCCAUCAUCGUUACCUUGGGCGUGUGGUGCGUCGUCCGCAGAGAUGUCCGGAAAGGUGAGGAGUUCCAGCAGUUCAGUUUCGACACCCCCGCCGAGACGAAGGACCCGGCGGACGAUGCAGCAGAAGCGAACGAACCCCGGGAGGACCCUGGGCAGACAGCGGAAAAUUCCGAUGGUGUGGCAGUGUACAAGGAGCGGAUGGAAGAGUUCAGAACAUGCAUGGAGGAGGCGGAGAGUUUUCCAGAGCUGGUGACCAAGGUCAUGAGACUCGCCCCCGGGCAGACUCAGAACGUGCGGCCGAUCUCUGGCAACAUCUACAGGUAUUGGGCCCUGGGAGGAAGGAAGAAGAGCUGGCUGAUCUACUUCGGAUUCAGGUUCGUGCUCCUGAUUCAACUCCUGGUCCCGAUGGCCAUCUGCCGCUGGUCCUACUACCAGUAUGACUGGCCGCACACGGAGAUUAAGCUCGUCAGAUAUAAGUUCGGCGACUUGGAAUUCGGCGUCUCGCACGUUCUGGGCCGGCUGCUCUCCUUCCUCUUCACCUACUGCAUCUCCUUGCACGCCAUGUCCAUCACGAGGAAGGCAUGCAAAGGCAACCAGUCUUUGUUCUUGCUCAUUAGCAACCUGCCGGAAGAGUCCAUUCAAAUCCCACCGUGGACAUAUGCGUACCUUUUCUUGGACGGCUUCAUGACCUGCUACUUAACGAUGGUCUCUUUGAUUGCCAUGGUGUUGGUCUUCAGCUUCGCCGCCAGUCCCAAGGACAUUUGCUUCGAUGCUUUGGGCCUUCUCUUCAUUCUCCGACUGCACGAGGUGGAAGGCGAUCUGGAUUUCAUUUCCACGCAGGAUUUCGACUCUGACCGGAUUGCAGAGCUUUGCCACUACGUUCUCUCCUGCAAGGAGCUGAGGAAGGAGCGGCAGGUGAAGUACUACAUCCCCUGGCGCUGGACGCUGCUGUGGGACGCGACCAUGCUGCUGAUCUACUGGAUCCUCAUGCUCGUCCCGGUGUUCCAGCUCUUCGUCGUGGAUGGCCUCGUGGAAAAAUCCAGCGGCCUCUCUGUGGGCGUCCUCGGAACACACAUCGCAGAAGAGGAGGCGCGGAUCGCCCACUUGGAGCAUCACAGUCCGUGA